AUGUGCACCCAGUACUACUCCAGCUUCACCCAGUGCCCCUGCCAACUAAAGCGACUCUUCUGGCUCUGCAAGCACGGCCGUCUAUCGCCCAAGUGCAAGUCCGUCCAGAAAGUCGUGCUCAAGUCCGGCGACGCGCUCUGCGACCGCAACCUAUGGGUCCGGUAUGGGCCGGACCCGCUCUGCCGCGAGUCCGUCUCCUCCGCCACCGUCGCCGACACCUUUCUCUUCCCUCCCCCCGCCGACCCCUACGAUUCUUCCUGCUGGGAGAGCGAGCCCGACCCGGACCCGGAAAGCGAGGAUCCGGAGAUCGGGUCGGAUACUAGCUCUGGCAGCGAGUACUCGGGUAACGAGGACCCAGAGGGCGAGAUGGACUGUGAGUGA